CGAGCUCAGCAUCCACGCUUUGGGACGCUAGAGUUUUGAACUUUGGGAAAAGAUGCUGACACGGAUCUGGGUGUUAGGGUUGCUGACCUGCAGUUUGGUCAGCGCCGAAUAUUAUACCUCGAGAACGGCUGACAAGGACUUCCUGGUGAAGCAAAAGAAGAUCUACAACCUGCUUUAUCACAUCCCUCAACCGAACGUGGUGAACGUGCAGCUGUACAAUGAAGGACAAGCAUGGAACAUCGAGAGCAACAUCAACUCGUACAAGAACGUGGACGUCGUGAAAGAGUUCCUGUACAUGUACAAGAAUGGAAUGCUUCCACGGGGUGAACUGUUUUCGGUUUACUAUCCUAAGAUGCUGAAGGAGAUGGACGCGCUGUUCAGACUCUUCUAUUACGCGAACGAUUUUGACACUUUCUAUAACACUGCGUUGUGGGCAAGGAUUUACGUCAACGAGGGUCAGUUCUUCUUCGCCCUUUACAACGCGGUGUUUAGAAGACCGGACACCAUGUACAUUCAGCUGCCACCGCCGUACGAGAUUUAUCCCUAUGCGUUCUUCAAUUCCGAGGCUCUAGAAAAAGCUCACUAUGCAAAAGUUUAUGGCAAAUUAGACGCACAAAAGAGUGGGCCAUAUGAAACAUACAUAAUCCCUGCCAACUAUUCUGGCUGGUAUCUUAACCGUGAAUACAACUUUGAGAACAAAUUGAACUACUUUACUGAGGACAUUGGUCUCAAUGCAUACUACUUCUUCUUCCGUCAAGAAUGCCCAUUCUGGCUGAAGUCAGAUGAAUUUGAUUUCUUACGUUAUCGAGGAGAAGAAUACCUUUAUGGACACAAACAGCUGUUGAACAGAUAUUAUCUUGAAAGACUUUCCAAUGAUAUGCCGAAGAUCGAAGACUUCGAUUGGCAGAAGCCAUUCUUUGCUGGUUACUAUCCAACUAUGACAUACCACAAUGGAUUGCCAUAUCCCCAGAGACCAGAAUGGAACAACUUCCCCAGCUAUAAAUACAAAUAUAUCCAAGAUAUCAUGGAUAUGGAAUCAAGAAUAACUGCAGCAAUUGAUUCUGGUUAUAUACUACGUAAUGACAGCAAGUGGUAUGACAUUUACAAAAAUGAAGAUGGUUUGAACAUACUUGGAAACUUGAUUGAGGGUAAUGCAGACUCCUACAACCGUGACUUCUAUGGUAGCAUUGAUCUAUUGGCCAGGAAGAUCCUUGGUUAUAACUUAGAACCAGCAAGUCCCUAUCAAAUUCUUCCUAGUGCCUUGGAAACAUUCAGCAGUUCCAUGAGGGACCCUGCAUUCUAUAGACUUUACAAGAGAAUAUACCGUUACUAUUACAGAUACAAGAUGCAUCAAAAACCAUAUGCCAGAGAGGAAAUUGUUUACCCAGAGCUGAAGAUUGAAUCUUUUGCUGUUGACAAGUUAAUUACAUACUUUGAUCAAUUUGACACAUCUAUCAGCAAUGGUUUAUUAGUGAAAGAUCAAAGAGAAGCUGAAUCAUUAUUAAUCAAGAUUAGACAGUAUCGUCUGAAUCAUAAACCAUUUAAUUUCCACAUUACAAUUAAUUCUGAGAAACCAAUGAAGGCUGCACUGAGACUUUUCCUUGGACCAAAAUAUGAUGCACACCACAAAGUAAUGGAAGUUCCAGACAGUCUCAAAUAUUUCUAUGAAAUUGAUAACUGGAUGGUUGAUUUGAAUGCCGGUUUGAACAAAGUUGUACGCAACAGUCAAGACUGCUUCUUCUUAAUGCCUGAUCAAGAAUCAAGUGAAAUGUUCUAUAAGAAACUUCUGAAGUCUAUUGAUGGAGGUGAAUCAUUCAGUUAUAAUGAAAGAGUCUAUGGAUUCCCAGACAGACUGUUAUUACCAAAGGGUAAAAAGGAAGGAAUGCCAUUCCAAUUCUUCUUAUAUGUCAGCCCAGUGUCUUCAGAGACACAGUACAGCUCCAGAAUAUUUGGCAAUUACAAAUUCGACAAUAGACCAUUUGGUUUCCCUCUAGACAAGCCUCUUUAUGACUUCACAUACAAUGCACCCAAUAUGAUGUUCAAAAACAUUCUCAUUUAUCACAAGGACGAAUUCGAUAUGAAUAUGACUUUCUAAAUACUUUUCUCUAUCAUUUAUAUCUUGCGCAUUUACUUCUAUGAUAUCAUAAUUUUAUAAUAAAUGCUACUAUCUCUAUCUCCCAA